AUGUCUAUAGUUGAUAUUAACGCCUCGCCUACAGCAAAAAAAACAACAUCUUCUACCGCUAGAUAUCUUUUAUUAUAUCUAAUCUUCUUUAUCUCUCAACUAUUAUUAUUAUUGGUUCAACCAGCAGCAACCAGCUCCUCUCCAUCCUCUUCUACUACUUUUGAAACGAUUCUUCUUGAACCAGUACAAUUGAUAUAUCCCGACAAAGAUCAUGAGAGAUUAUUAAUCAAUUAUACUAGUCUAUCUUUGUUGAAUUCACUUCAAAAUGAUCAAUCCAUCUUGGGGGUUGUAGGCAACUUUCACUCUGGUAAAUCGUUUCUACUGAGUCAAUUGGUAAACAGUACCAAUAGGUUUACAGUAGGACAUACAGUUUAUCCACAGACUAUGGGUAUAUGGUUAUGGGCUGCUCCUAUUCAGAUUAAUCACAAAACUCAUAACCUUGUUUUGUUGGAUACUGAGGGAUUCUACUCAAACAAUGUUAGUGAGAGUUAUGAUGCAAAGAUAUUUGCAAUAACUACUCUACUAUCUUCUCAUCUUAUCUAUAAUUCUGUUAAAAUAAUUGAUCAAUCUGCAUUAGAGUAUUUAGAGUUACUAUCAAGAAGAACUCAAUUAUUUGCUUUAAAAUCUCAACUUAAAAAUGAUUCUCCAUUGACAAGAAUAUUAGGUUUUCCCUCUUUAACUUGGGUAGUACAAGAUUUCUUUCAAGAUAUUGGUGAUAUAACAGCAACCGAAUGGUUGUAUCAAUUACUUGGAGCACAUUCUAGGGACCAACCAGAUGCAAAUCUAUCACUUUCAAAGAUAUUUCCUUCAAUCAAUUGUCAUACACUAUUUUUGCCAUCAGGUGAUAGAAGUAUACUUAGACAUUUAGACAAAGCUUCACACCAAGAUCUCAAUCCAAUUUACAAGACAGAGAUGGAACAAUUAAAACAAGAUAUAUUUUCUUCACUCAAGCCAACACUUACUGGACCAGCAAUAAGUAGUCUCAUUAAACUACUCGUCGAUAUAGCAAACAGUCAUAGUUUUCCAGCAGUUCCUUCGGUUUGGAUUGGUUUCAUCAAACAACAACAACAACUAGCACUAGAUGACACAAUAACCACAUUUAAAUCUAAAAUGGCAAUUGUCCAAGAUUCAAAUCAUUCUCCUUUAAAUGACCAACAAUAUGGUAUUUUAGAACAAUCUACUUAUGACUAUAGUCUAAAUCUUUAUAAACAAUUGUUAUUUGGUCUUCCAGAGGCAUUUUCACCAGGUUUGAUAAAAUUACAUAACCAAUUAAAAGAAUUAAAGAAUCAUUAUCACAAGAUUAAUAAUGAUAGAAUUUCUAGUUAUUGUCAAGAAACACAUAGAGAUUUAUAUGAACUAUUCCAAGACCACUUAAAUUCCAUUCGUACGCCAGUUGGAAGCCAAAUUUUAAUACAAACUAUUGACAACUAUCAAUCAAAGUCUUUAAAUGACUAUGUUUCAAAAACAAUCGAUUAUUCACAAUCCAAAUCUCAAUCAUUGUCAUUGACAAAUUUAAAGAAUGAUUUGGAGAGGGCAUCAUCUCUUAAACAACUUCAAAACAAAAAUGAAAUAGAAUCACUUCUCACAAGUUCUGUAAUUAGUUCUGUCGAUAGAUAUAAAGUUAUCAUGAAAAGUUUUAGCAAUUACCCUUGCUCUUUUUUGGAGCUGGAUAGUUUUCACUUGAAAUCAAAGGAUACGGCAUUUGAGAAUUUUAAAUCUUCAACCUUUUUAGCAAAAGAUGAAAGUUAUUAUGAAGCGUUUAUAGCAAAUUUAGAGAAAUCGAUUCACCAAAACCUCGAAUAUUUUAAACAAUUUAAUGAAGAAAAAAUAGCAGAGAGGGUAAGAUCAGAGUCAUCAAGAAUAUUAUUGGAUUUCAAGAGACAAACAAGUCAAAUUCUUCUUCCAGUUGAAGAUGAAUAUCUAGAAGAGAGAACAAAGGAUCUAAAAUUAAAGUCUUUGAAUUUGUUCAAGUCUUCAUUGGAUUUGUUCAAAUCAUCACCUUCUUUUAAAGAGGAAUUACAAUUUUUAUCAGAUAUUAUUGACAAACAAAUAGAAUCAAAGAUCAAUGAAAAUAUUGAACAAAUGAAAUUAAUAGUGAUGGACUAUUUAAAUUCAGUAAAGAGAGUUAUGAAAUCAAGAUUGUCAUCAUAUUGGUUCAAAUAUUCAUUCAUCCAAGAGUGCAGAGAAGAGGCAGAAAGAAAAAUCAAAACAAAGAUUGAAUCCAAGAGACUUCGUGAAAAGAUUAUUGAUAAUUUCUUAAACAAUGACCUAAAACCAGAAAUUGACAGUCUAUUCCAAUUUUCAUCGCUUUUAUACAUACUUAUAAUGCCACCAAAAAGAAAAGCUUUGGUUCUUCAAGAAGAUAGUGUUGCCUCAACAGCUAUCAUAUCAUCAACUGUUCCACCACCACCUAGUACACCAGCUACAACAACAUCAACAACAUCAACAACUUGUACUUCUACUUUAACUACUCCAACCACCACCACCACUACCACUACCACCACUACAACUACUGGAGUAUCAACAAUAGAUGAUACACAAGUAUUAUGGUAUUCAAAGAAAACAGAAACAGAAUGGGAUCUCUACGAUAAUGGUAAAUGUGAAGCUAUUGAACAACUUUUUCAACUUAACCCCAAAUCAUCUGACUUUAUAAAGAUCGACGAUCAACUCUAUAUCAAGUUUGGAGAUAAUCAAGCUCACACUGGUGAUCAAUCAAAGAUUCAUAUCGUAAAGAGAACAGAGAACAUUGCUGUAUGGUCUUGGGAAAAGAGUAGAGGUCAAUAUGACGCCUUUGAUGUUGAUCUUUGCAAAAAGAUAGAAGCUGCACAUAAAAAGAAUCUAUCAAAGAUAUCUUUGGAUACUGAAAGAUUCAUCAGUUUCACUACCAUGGAACAAAUCAGAUUCGACGAUGACACCAAGAAGCGUCGAGUGUCUAGAUCUUUGGUUGAUGUCACUGUUCUAAUCUCUCCAUCGUGGUACUAUGAAAACUCGGCUGCUGGUACUUGGGAGUUGUUCAAGGAAAGCAGUGAAAUAGAAUCAAAGUUUAACUAUUUUAUCAAAAAUGGUAGAGCUACCGUUGUAUCUACUGCCUCGGGUGAAAAGAUAAAGUUUACAACAAUGACCAAGGAAGGUGGCACAAGUGUAAAGAUUAAAAGAGAUAAUGGGCCCGUUAGCGCACUCAAAAAAUCAUACUCUCAAAUGUCAGAGGAUGAAAAGAAAUUAUUAAUCGCUACUUUGCUUCAACAACAACAACAACAACAACAACAACAACAACAAACCAACAACGAUGACAAAACCCAACAAACUAUUAAAAAGCAAAAGAAAAAUGAUGAUGCUAUAUAUCUUCCAGGAGAAGAGGAUAUUUUAAACGGAGACGUGGCCAUGAAAUAUAUACUAAAGCCCACAAGACACUUUGACCAAACGGCAGCAGACCUUCAUCUUCGUAUCGGUGAGAGCCAAUUCUACAGAUUGAUCGAAUCAGGUUCCUCAGCCUCCUAUAAAGUCACAAAGGUGGAAUAUAUCGUAAACCCAACACUUGUGAGGAAAUUUAACAAGAAAAGGGAAGAAUUUGAGGCCGCAGGGUAUCCUCAGUGCUCACCUGUGUUUGGAUUCCAUGGCACUUCAGAGAAGAAUUUGAUCCCCAUCUGCAAAAACAAUUUUAGUGUACCUGGAACAAACGGAGUAGGCCAUGUCCUUUUUCUAAUUUUUAUCUUAGCAACUGAUAGUGGAUGGUUUGGUAAGGGCAUCUAUUUCUCAGAGUAUCCAGAAUACAGUAUAGGUUAUAUUUCAGAUUGCACAAAAUUAUUAUUGUGCAAAGUUAUUUUGGGCAAGUCAUACAGAUGUCCAGGCUUGAUUACUGGACAGCCCUGUGCAACUGGUUAUACUUCACAUUUAUCUCCCGAUGAAAAAGAAUUGGUGAUCUUUCACCCUGAUCAAAUAUUGCCACUUUAUAUUGUUCAUUAUACUGACGGAACAGGAGGAGGAAAUAAUGAUGAUGAUGAUUUUCACAGUCUGGGAAGCUCAGCUAUUGGACAAUUGUCAAGCAAUUGUUUGGUUGGAGUAAAGAUUUGUCUCUCGGGUACUCUUUCCUGUAAUCAUGCAACCAUACACUCAAUGAUCACCAAACAUGGAGGCUCAUACAGCAACUCGGUUGUUGCAGGUGUUACUCAUGUUGUCACAACAUCCAAUGACUAUCAAAACAAGAGUGGAAAGGUAAUUACUGCUGAAGGAAGCAAUAUACCUGUCGUUAGCGAAAAGUGGUUGUAUGAAUCUGUCAUUUCUCUCAAGACCAUGAAUGUUGCAGAUUAUCAAUUCAGUUUGUUUAAACAAGUCACACAAAAGGUCGAAAUUAAAGCGAUCCCUCUAACGGAUGAUGGAAAUCAGGCCUCCUCCUCCUCAUCUUCCUCCUCUACAAGUGGCGCCUCAACUACUCCAUCCAAACCACCAUGCAAGUAUGCUGACAAGUGCUUCCGUAAGAAUAGCCAACAUUUCCAAGAGUUUUCACACCCUUUUUUGAUCGAUUAA